GGUACACAUAAUCUUUAGCGUAGCACACAGCACACAGCACACAGCACGUAACGAAGAAGUAACACACACCCUGAUACCUCCCACUUAGAUCGGUUUUCGUGCCUUGCCAAUCCUGCCUGCCUUCCGCCGCCUAACUUGCUAACUCAUCAUUUUCAUUAUUAUUCUCCAGUUUCAGCCCUCGUGCUCUUUUCCACUUCUUCUUCAACAUUCAACAUAUCCACUACCUUCAGCGGCCCAAUAGAUCUCCAAGUUGACUUAAUUUUAUUCUCCAUUUCUCUAUACACUUUUGCUGCGUGAAGCGCUGCUACUAUCCGACCCUCGUAGCCAAAGGCGCAUUAUCGUUCAUCACCUACAUUUCACUAUGGACGCUGGAGAGGGCCAGCCGCCUUUCUCCCCCCCUGCGGGCUCGGCGCCAGAACAACGCAAUGCUCAGGUCGACAAUGCCAUUCGCGCUAUUCAGGAGAAGAAGCCUCUCCCCGAGAUCGACUUCAGUAUCCAUACUAUGGAAGAUGGUACACAAGUUAGCACUAUGGAACGGGUCUGCAAAGAUGUUCAAGCGCCUGCCACAUUCAAGCCCACCGACGAGCAGUUUUUCGAGGAUGAUACCCAUACGAAACCCAACAUUACUUUUUUGAAGCAGCACUUUUAUCGCGAGGGUCGAUUGACCGAUGAGCAAGCCUUAUGGAUCAUCAAGACUGGCACUGAGCUCCUACGUAGCGAGCCCAACCUACUGGAGAUGGAUGCCCCUAUAACAGUCUGCGGUGACGUUCACGGCCAAUACUACGAUUUGAUGAAACUUUUCGAAGUCGGUGGUGACCCGGCUGAGACUCGGUAUCUCUUCCUUGGCGAUUACGUCGAUCGAGGCUACUUCAGCAUCGAGUGUGUUCUAUACCUGUGGUGCCUGAAGAUACAUUACCCAAAAACUCUUUGGUUGCUACGCGGGAACCACGAGUGUCGCCAUUUGACCGACUACUUUACCUUCAAGCUUGAGUGCAAGCACAAGUACUCCGAGGCUAUCUACGAAGCUUGUAUGGAAUCCUUCUGCUCCCUUCCGCUUGCCGCUGUCAUGAAUAAACAAUUUCUCUGCAUCCAUGGAGGGCUCAGCCCCGAGCUGCAUACUUUGGAUGAUCUGAGAAACAUUGACCGCUUCCGAGAACCGCCUACCCAAGGAUUGAUGUGCGAUAUCCUAUGGGCUGAUCCCCUAGAGGAUUUUGGUCAGGAGAAGACUAGCGAAUACUUCAUGCACAAUCAUGUGCGCGGUUGUUCGUAUUUUUUCUCCUACCCUGCAGCAUGCGCGUUCUUAGAGAAGAACAACCUGCUCUCCAUAAUUCGAGCACACGAGGCUCAAGACGCCGGUUAUCGUAUGUACCGUAAGACUAGAACAACUGGAUUCCCAAGCGUUAUGACUAUAUUCUCCGCGCCCAACUACCUCGACGUUUACAACAACAAGGCGGCGGUAUUGAAAUACGAGAACAACGUUAUGAACAUUCGGCAGUUCAAUUGCACACCGCAUCCGUAUUGGCUUCCUAACUUUAUGGACGUAUUUACUUGGUCUUUACCGUUUGUUGGUGAGAAGAUUACCGAUAUGCUGAUUGCCAUCCUGCAUACCUGCUCAGAGGAGGAGCUUAAAGAGGAAACACCUCUGUCGUCGUCUCCUGGCCCGCAGUCGCCUCCACUCGGGGGUCCUUUAUCAGAUCCGGAUUCGAUUGAGUACAAGAGACGGGCCAUUAAGAACAAAAUCUUGGCCAUUGGUCGACUAUCACGAGUGUUCCAGGUACUUCGGGAGGAAUCCGAGAGGGUUACGGAACUCAAGACCGUAUCCGGCGGACGACUACCUGCGGGUACACUCAUGCUUGGCGCAGAAGGGAUCAAGAAUGCUAUUAAUACCUUUGAGGAUGCUAGGAAAGUCGAUCUCCAGAACGAGAGGUUGCCGCCUAGUCAUGAGGAAGUUCAGAAGCACCAAGAUGAGGAACGACAGCAGGCAUUGGAGAGGGCCUCCCGGGAGGCUGAUAAUGAUAAGAAACUACAGACUCUUUCCAGGAGGUUGAGCACUGGGUGAACGUCACUUCGGUGUUCACGUUUAUAGUGGUUGCGCUUGAUGCAUAUCUUGGCUUAGCAGAUUAGAACAUCCUAUCGAGGUAGUACUUUUGGUAAUCCUUAGAAUGAUACUAGUGAAGCCUUGCCUGGAUUAUCGCUCUAAUAGCACAAUGGCGAGGAUUCAAGGGGCUCUAAUGAGACAAGCUGGACGAUACAGUUUCAUGUGACUGACGCAGAAUUGAGACGAACACGGUGUUGGGAAAAGGAUGUCUUACGAUACUUGGCGAGUUAAUGAAAAUCUUGGAACUGUGCUAGAGCCGUAGGACGGUACUAGCCCUACGAAUAUCUGACCUUGAUCUACUAUUAUCCGUAGAACCGAUUUAACAUUAUAUUAAA